CGGGACCGCGCCGGGGCGGAGAAGACGAUGGAGAAUUUCUCGGCACUGUUCGGAGCUCAGGCUGACCCGCCACCACCCCCAACCGCACUCGGCUUCGGACCAGGAAAGCCUCCACCUCCGCCUCCCCCUCCUCCGGGCGGGGGCCCCGGCACGGCCCCGCCGCCCAGUACAGCCACGGCCCCUCCCGGCGCCGACAAGUCGGCGGCUGGUUGUGGUCCCUUCUAUCUUAUGCGGGAACUUCCAGGUAGCACCGAGCUGACAGGCAGCACCAAUCUGAUCACACACUACAACCUAGAACAUUCCUAUAAUAAAUUCUGUGGGAAGAAGGUGAAGGAGAAGCUAAGUAACUUCCUGCCUGACCUGCCAGGGAUGAUUGAUCUGCCUGGUUCCCAUGAUAACAGCAGCCUCCGCUCUCUCAUUGAGAAACCCCCUAUUCUUGGUGGCUCUUUUAAUCCUAUCACAGGGACUAUGCUGGCUGGCUUCCGCCUCCACACUGGCCCGUUACCAGAGCAGUGUCGUCUGAUGCAUAUUCAGCCUCCCAAGAAGAAGAAUAAGCACAAGCACAAACAGAGCCGUACCCAGGAUCCUGUCCCCCCAGAAACACCAUCUGAUUCUGAUCACAAGAAGAAGAAAAAGAAAAAAGAGGAGGAUCCUGAACGGAAAAGGAAGAAGAAAGAGAAGAAGAAAAAGAAGAACCGACACAGUCCAGACCACCCAGGCGUGGGCAGCUCUCAGGCCAGCAGCAGCAGCAGCCUCCGCUAACCGGGCUCUGCCGGGAUGGCUUUCCCUGCUGUAAGGAGCCUGCUGACUAAAGCCGCCUUCCAGCUCGGACACUGCCGUGGGGGCGUCCCCUGCAACUGGGCCAGGAGCCCGCUCUGACUGCGCUGGGCUAAGAUCAGUGCAUCAGAGGAGAGAAGGGCCAUGCUUUUGUAAGGCUCAGCCCAGUUGGCUUUCUCACGGACAUCUCUUCCUCUCCCAGGAAGGUUUCUUUUCAUCUCUUUUGUGCAGUUGGUCUGAUUUAGGACAUUGUCUGAUCUGUUAGGGUUUUUCUUUAAAAAAAA